AUGACUCAGCCUCUGCCCGGUCUGACGCGAGAAUCUCAGUGGCUCCUCAAUGAUCUCAUCUACCCCACCUCGCAGUUUGCACUUUCGCCCACCAUCGACCCCGAACUGAUUGGUCACUUGAAGACCAACCUCGUCCUCAUGCGCUCCGAUGGUCUGCCUCCGGACUUUGAGCUUAUCGCCUUGAAGACCUUCUUCAGCAAGUCGGAACGUUUCCCUCCUGACAGGGGUCUUAAACCGUGUCCCACCAUUGUUUUACUCUAUGAAAUCUUUCUCGCCCUUAUCUGA